UUCAACUGUGCUGAGCCAAAUGAAUGGUCUAAUUAAUGGUGAAAUGGCACAAGGAAUUUUAAACAAUUUUCUUGGAUAAGAGAAAAGUACACUAGAGGGAAAAGGAAAGAUUGAAGUUGUUUGAUUUUAACGCGGGUGAUUUUGUAAGGAAGAGAAAAUUUGUAUUUAUUUUUAAGUAUUUUUUUUUAUUAGUCUUGUAUAUUUUAAAAAUUAUUUUUUUACAUUUAAUCAAUGUUACUGACCAUUUUGUCUUUCUUACCCUGGGUACUUUUUUGUCGCUGUUUAGCGGUUGUACUAUUUUGUCGCUGUUUAGCAGUUGUACCAUUUUGUCAAUUUCUUAACUGUGAACCAUUUUGUCGUUGUACUAUUUUGUCGAUGUUUAUCCUUAGUUCCAUUUUGUCUCUUUUUAUAGCCCCAUUUUGUCUCCGUUCGACAUUUUGUCAUUUUUUGCCCUUUGUACCAUUUUGUCUGUGCAUGAAUUGAUUUUAUUUGCGCUAUUUAAUUUCAAAACACCAAAUAGUUAAGGGUAACCUUUUCUUUAAAUUUAUUUAAUUUUUAAUUUUUUUUUAAAAUAUUUUUUAAAGAAAUGUCUACUACAAGUUCAUUAAAUGUAAUAGCAAAAAUCCCUCAAUCAGCAAUUUGUUCAAUAAGUAAUUUUCUUUUGUCAGACAAGAAACUUGAAGAAAGGAAUUGUUCAAAAUCUUUGGAAAAGGAUUGUGAAAAACCUGUAGAUUUUACUAAUGGAUUUGAAACGAGUGACGACUCAGACACCUCCCAACAAGUCCAACAAACCAAAUGGCUUCGUCACACUUUAAUCGUUGCCAGGCCAAAUUUAUCAAUUGUAGUAAUUGCCUCUGCCCAAAGAUUUGUAAUUUUGGAGAAUUCGGAGUCAAAAACAAUGGAAAUUUCAACUCGAGUGGAUGCCACUAAAGAAGAUUUUGUUUAUAUUAGUGCCUUAAAUGCUUUUGGAAUUUCCUCGUUAAACUCUUCGAGGAACUCGGAAGAUGAUUGGACGUGUAUUUGCGUGUGUUUAAGCAAUGGCAAUUUGCUGUUUUAUUCACAAGAGGGAAAGCUGUUGUUUACUGAAAAGUGUGCGUCUACUUCCAUUGUGUCGGUCAAAUUAUGCCCGUCUUUUUGUCCUGGAAAUCAAGGUUUUCAAUUUAAAUGGAUUAGUUGGGGAAGAAGUUGGAGGUGUGUACAGGUUGAAGAUGUGCUCGUUUUAUUAACCGCUGAUUCAAGACUAAUAGCAAUAGAAGGUUUAUCUUUAUGUGUAGCCCUUAGAGCAGCUUGUGUAUAUAUUUCUACUGGUGAAAGAACAGCAAAAGAAUUAUCUUCAGUUUUACAAUUAAAUGCUCAACAAUUUAAUUUGUACAAUAUUAACGGGGUAAACGAUGUUUUGUCUACGGGAAUAACUCAAGUUUGUGCUUUUGAUCAAUACAUUGGUGCUUUUAUGGCUGGUGGACGUUCGGUUUGUGGGAUUUUUGCGAAUUCUAAAAAUAGUGGGGUUGGUCUAGUUUAUGAGUCCAAUCAAUCCUAAAGGCACCAAUAAAGUUUUUUGUUCCUUUAGAGGGGGGAGGGGUAUUUUUAUGGACUUUAGAGGUUUGUGAGAGGCUUUUAUAAGUAUUGGAGAGGUCUUCAGAAAUAUCAGACUCUUCAUCGUAUUCAUAAAGAUAUUGAACUUGUAAAUUAGACAUGAACCAAAAAUAUACUUUCGAAGCUCUG